GCCGGGCAGAUGCUCGUGUUUGUAGCCGUCGUGUCGUGAUCGAGUUCGUCGCACACCGCUUACUGUAUAGUCGCAGACUCAGUUUGUAUCGUUAUUUUCUCCUGCAUCGUCCUACAUCAUCAUCAACAUGGCUGAUAAAGUUGCAAACCAAUUGCAAGACUACAAAGCUGGUCCCAAGAAGGAUCAAGGUGUGGCCACUACUGGUCAUGGCGUCCCAGUUGAGACUAAGGAUGCCACCAUGACUUUGGGAGCUCGUGGACCUGUUUUGAUGCAGGAUGUCGUCUUCACUGAAGAGAUCGCUCACUUUGAUCGCGAGCGUAUCCCGGAACGUGUGGUCCACGCUAAGGGAGCUGGUGCUUUCGGUUAUUUUGAAGUCACUCACGAUAUUAGCAAAUAUUCUGCUGCUAAGGUCUUCGCUGGAAUUGGCAAACGCACCCCGAUUGCUGUGCGUUUCUCUACUGUCGGUGGAGAAUCUGGUUCGGCUGAUACCGUUCGUGAUCCACGUGGUUUCGCUGUCAAGUUCUACUCUGAGGACGGUAUCUGGGAUUUGGUUGGCAACAACACUCCAAUCUUCUUCAUCCGUGAUCCUAUUCUCUUCCCGAGUUUCAUUCACACGCAGAAACGUAAUCCGGCCACGCACUGCAAAGACGCUAACAUGUUCUGGGACUUCAUUUCUCUUCGCCCUGAGACUACCCAUCAGGUGAUGUUCUUGUUCUCUGACAGAGGCAUCCCCGAUGGUUACCGUCACAUGAACGGAUAUGGUUCGCAUACUUUUAAGCUGGUGAACGCUGAUGGUAAAUGGGUGUACUGCAAAUUCCACUACAAGACCGACCAGAUUAAAAAUAUGGAUGUGAACAAGGCCGCUGAAUUAUCCGGAAGCGAUCCUGAUUAUUCCAUCAGGGAUUUGUACAAUGCCAUUGCCAAUGGUAAAUUCCCCGUGUGGAACUUCUCGAUUCAGGUGAUGACUGCUGAACAGGCCGCGUCUUGCCCAUUCAACCCAUUCGACUUGACCAAGAUCUGGUCUCACACCGAAUACCCAUUGAUCCCAGUUGGUCGCAUGGUUCUCGACCGCAAUCCUACCAACUACUUUGCUGAUGUAGAGCAGAUCGCGUUCAGUCCGGCGCAUAUGAUCCCUGGUAUUGAGCCAUCCCCCGACAAGAUGCUUCAAGGUCGUCUCUUCUCGUAUGGCGAUACUCAUCGUCAUCGCCUGGGUGCUAACUACCUGCAAAUCCCUGUCAACUGUCCGUUUGCUGUGAGGAACUACCAACGUGAUGGUCCACAGUGCAUGAGCAACCAGGGUGGUGCUCCCAACUAUCAUCCAAACAGCUUUGAUGGUCCAAAUGAAUGCCCGAGGGCCAAGUCGCUCGCUACGACUGUUAAUGCUUCUGGGGAUAUUAAGAGGCACGAUACUGGCAACGACGACAACUUCUCCCAGCCACGCGUAUUCUACCAGAAGGUCCUCGAUGAGGCAGCGCGCACCAGGUUGAUCAACAACCUUGCUGGUCAUUUGAAGGAUGCUGCUGAUUUCAUUCAGGCAAGAACCGUGUCUAACUUUGGACAAGUUGAUCAAUCCUUUGGAAAGAGAUUGGCUGAGGCGCUACAGUCCCAGAAGAAAAUGUCCGCUAGCUUGUAACUUGUAAAAGUUUGUUUUUAAUUCUUUUUAAUGUUUUUAUGAUACAAAUGUGGGUGUAAAGUGACUUUUAUGCUAUCAAUUUAAUAAACUGGAUAUAUUUUUA